AUGCCUCCAUCUCCACCUAUGGCGACACAAAUCGCAUCCCUGCUUCUACUUAAUGUCCAGCAGCGGCAUCUCCCUCAACCACGCCCUCGCUGGAUGCUUCCCUCCACUCGGUUCAUCACCAUCAGGACCUUUGUAAACGCCAAGCCCUCCCCUGGUCUCCCACCUCACGUUAAUCUAACCCCACAAACCCUCUCACUCCACAAAGUGGAGUCAACCAUUCAUACCUCAAUGUCUAACAAAUACUGUGCCAUUGAACAACUUGCUAAGCUUUUGAUGCCAGCCGGAGUGACUAAAUUAUCCAUGCACCUGAUUAACAUGUUGAAAUGGGAUCCGGGUCCUCCUCAUGAUAUUGUGGGUACCCUUGUUGAUGAUUUUUUUGAUUUUUCUGGGGCUUUUGAAGUUGAGGAUGUGGUAACUGGUAAGGUAGGGAUUGGUUUUGGGGUCUGUUUGUUGGAGAGAGGAGCUUGCUUUCUCUCUAUUUACACCAUAAUCAAUUGA